AUGUCUGCUGCUCCUGAAACCACCCCUGCCCCCGUCGCUCCCGUCGAGGAGGUUGCCGCCCCCGUCGUCGAGGAGACCGCCGCUGCUACCGAGGCUGUUGCUGCUCCUGUUGAGGAGGCUGCCGCUCCUGUCGAGGCUGAGGCUGCCCCUGCUGUUGUAGAGGAGACUGCCGCCCCCACCACCGAGCCUGUCGCUGCCGUCGAAGAGACCACCGCUGCUGAGCCUGCCGCCGAGGAGGCCAAGCCCGAGGAGGCCACCAAGGAGGUCACUCCCAAGAAGGAGAAGCGCCAGUCUUUCUUCGGCAAGUUCAUCGGUGCCAUCAAGGAGAAGACCGCCAAGAAGGAGAAGACCGCUGUUGCUAAGGAGGAGCCCGUCACCGAGGAGGCCGCCGCUGCUGCUCCCGUCGAGGAGACCGCUGCUCCUGCUGAGGCUACCGAGGAGGCUGCUCCUGCCAAGGUAGAGGAGACUCCUGCUGCCGUCGAAGAGGCCGCUGCCCCCGUCGAAGCUGAGGUUGCCCCCGCUGCUGAGGAGGCCAAGGACGUCAAGAUUGACGAGUCGGCCAAGGCUGAUGCUCCCGCUCCCGAUGUGGCUGCUCAGAAGAUCAAGCUCGGCCGUCGUCUGAGCGGCAAGUUUGGUGCUCUCUUCCACAAGCAGCCCAAGAAGACUGAGGAGAAGGCCGAGGCCCCCGCCGCUGCUGCUGCCACUGAGGAGCAGGAGGCCAGCCCCGUCGAGGAGAAGGUUGCUGAGGACGUCAUUGCCCCUCCUGCUGCCGCCGCCCCUGUCGUGGUCGAGGCUCCUAAGGCUGCUGCCCCUGUCGCUGCCGCCGCCUAG